AUGGCGGCGGUGGGGCCGCGGACUGGCCCCGGCUCCGGGGCCGAGGCGCUGGCACUGGCGGCAGAGCUGCAGGGCGAGGCCACAUGCUCUAUCUGCCUGGAGCUCUUCCGCGAGCCCGUAUCCGUCGACUGCGGUCACAGCUUCUGCCGCUCCUGUAUCGCGCGCUGUUGGGAGCGCCCCGGCACAGGAACGACCACAGUGCCGCGCGCGCUGCCUUGUCCGCUGCCCUGCCCACAGUGUAGAGAGCCCGUGCGUCCCGGCCAGCUGCGGCCCAACAGGCAGCUGGCCUCAGUGGCCACGCUGUUGCGGCGCUUCAGCCUGCCUGCGGCCGCGCCAGGAGAACACCGGCCCCCGGAGGCGGCGGUUGCCGGGUGCGUACAGCAUGGUGAACCGCUCAAGCUCUACUGCCAGGACGACGGACGCGCCAUUUGCGUGGUGUGCGACCGCGCCCGCGAACACCGCGCGCACGCAGUGUUGCCGCUAGACGAGGCUGUGCAGGAAGCUAAGGAGCUCCUGGAGUCUAGGCUGAAGGUCUUGAGGAAGGAUCUGGAAGACUAUGAGGUGUUUCGUUCCACGGAGGAGAAGGAGAGCAAGGAGCUCCUGAAGCAGAUGGCAGCUGAGCGAGAGAAGGUGGGUGCAGAGUUCCAGGCUCUGCGGGCCUUCCUGGUGGAGCAGGAGGGCCGGCUCCUGGGCCGCCUGGAGGAGCUGUCACGGGAGGUGACACAGAAGCAAAAUGAGAACAUAGCUCAGCUUGAGGGUGAAAUCACCCAGCUCUCCAAGCUCAGCAGCCAGAUCCAGGAGACAUCUCGAAAGCCUGACCUUGACUUUCUCCAGGAAUUCAAAAAUACACUAAGCAGAUGCAGCAAUGUGCCUGGUCCCAAGCCAACCACAGUCUCUUCUGAGAUGAAGAAUAAAGUCUGGAAUGUUUCCCUCAAGACCUUUGUCUUAAAGGGGCUGCUCAAGAAGUUCAAAGAGGAUCUUCGUGGAGAGCUAGAGAAAGAGGAGAAAGUGGAGCUGACCUUGGACCCCGACACUGCCAACCCCCGCCUCAUCCUCUCUCUGGAUCUUAAGAGCGUGCGCCUUGGACAGCGGGCGCAGGACUUGCCCUGCCACCCACGCCGCUUUGACACCAACACGCGAGUCUUGGCGUCCUGUGGUUUCUCCUCCGGGCGGCACCACUGGGAGGUGGAAGUGGGCUCCAAGGACGGCUGGGCCUUCGGCGUGGCGCGAGAGAGCGUGCGCCGCAAGGGCCUCACGCCCUUCACCCCUGAGGAGGGCGUCUGGGCACUGCAGCUCAACAGCGGGAAGUACUGGGCAGUGACUAGCCCUGAACGGACGCCCCUCAGCUGUGGCCACCUGUCCCGCGUGCGGGUGGCCCUGGAUCUAGAGGUGGGGGCCGUGUCCUUCUACGCUGUGGAGGACAUGCGCCACCUCUACACCUUCCGCGUCAACUUCCACGAGCGAGUGUUCCCCCUUUUCUCUGUCUGCUCCACCGGCACCUACUUGCGAAUCUGGCCUUGAGAGUCUUUGGCCUCCCAGAGAGGGUGAAUCAGUCCAGGGUGAAUACCUCCUCAUCCGGGCUGCCCAUGGGAAGCAAUGCUGCCCUCUAUCGGAGCCUCCUGGUUACUGUGGGCCUGCCUUCCAGAUUGGCCCCGGGCUGCCUUGGAGGGGCUCCUGCAGAUCACAACAUUGGAGACAGAAAACGGGCGAUUGUGGAAAAGGGUUCCGUGGUCAACUGAGUAGAAGAGAAGAUGCCUUGGACCCUUGGCGCCUGUCCUCUGCCUGUUGUCGACAUGUGGAUUUAGCCUGAGCUGUGAGGACUUGGAGGUGGGUGAGGACAGGAGCCCAGCUAUUGACAGAGGUGUUUCCCAUCACUGGGACUUUCUACCUGGACUUAGCAGGGCCUCUGGUUCUGGAGCAAUAGCAAGUACAGUGCUGUCCUCAGGUGCAAGGGGGCAGGUUCAGGCCCAGCCAGCCAAGUUCAUGACCACUUCUGCUUUGCCUUCUUGUCAGCUUCUAGCUCUGCCUUCAGACGCCUGGAUCCACCUGGCCCUGAGGUCAUUUACUCAGGGAGGAGCACUGUUCUCCCAGGUCAGAGAACAGCUUGGGACAGAACUGAAAGGAGAUUCUUGACCUGUACAUGAGAGGAAAGCCCAGGACAAUGGCAUUUAUCAUGGCUACCUUCCAAUACCCCUUAAUGAUGAUACAGAGUGAUAUGUACAUCCUCUGCCACAGUGACAGCCAUGUGUUCUCACACAUGCCUAAACCCCUUUUAAACGCCAAAGUAUAGUCUCCCUUGAGUAAGGAGACCAAAGGCUAUGGGAUUUUGAAACACAAAACAACACUUAUGAUUUUACAGAUGCAACUAAUAUCAGCAUGGGAAUGCACAGAGCACAAACAUGCCCCUGAUAUACCCUUCCUGGAACUUGUCAAAUGUGUGCCAACAGCAGAGGACCCUGGUGCCAAGGUCUGCUCAGCCUGUGCCCUGGUGGGGUGUUAUUCCCUUGGCUAAUUGUUCCCAAGCUUCUGUUUGGGUGGGCUUCUGGGAGGGGGUUUUGGGCAGUUUCCUGUU